UGGGGGAGGAGGGCGGGGGAGCGAAAAGAGGAGGGAGCAGCGGGAGGAGGAGGUGGAGGCAGUGGCCAAGGCGAGCUUUGAAUAGGGAAGUUUUGCAGGGGGUUACAUUCGCAGUCAUCGCAGUGUUUGCAAAUAUUGGGUGGGCUCCUGAGCAAGUUAUCUUCUUCUCGGGAGCCGCAGGAAUUCGAAAGCCAGGACCAGCCGCGUCGGGCCGAAUUGUUAUUAUUAUUUCUCCUUUGCAAAACGACGACAGCAGAAAAAAAAUAUAUAUAUAUAUAUUCUCUAUUGCUGUGCAAUUAAACUUUGCAUGGAACUUUUGCUCUUUUUUUGGGAAAACGAAACAAAAAAUGUAUUCCCCGUUCGUCUGAAUCCCGGAUUCUGAAUAUAUGUAUAUAUGCCUAGAGACACGCCGUUUUGCUCCGUUGGUGGCGGACUUCGGUUCCUCUUGCUCGCUCUCGGAGGAGGAGGAGGAAGUGGGUCGGGGUAAAUACCCUCGGUCGCCUCGCUGUCACCGCCGCCUGCCACCCUCGCCGGCAGCAGCCAGGGGACGCCGCCGUGGAUGAUUGCCCGGGUGUUAAAAACAAAAGCCCCAGCCAGCUUGCCGGCGGACGCUUGACUUUUGGCGGACGGGGGAGGCUUUGGACUGUGGCUGCUGGUUGAUUUGUCAUUAUUCCACCCGCGGGGGUGCAACUUCCCAAAGACAUGGAUGUUCUCCCGAUGUGUAGCAUCUUCCAGGAACUGCAAAUCGUGCACGACACGGGGUAUUUCUCCGCUUUGCCCUCUCUGGAGGAAUAUUGGCAACAGACUUGCUUAGAGCUGGAGCGAUAUCUGCAGAGCGAGCCCUGUUAUGUGUCUGCUUCUGAAAUAAAAUUUGACAGUCAGGAGGAUCUGUGGACCAAAAUUAUUCUGGCACGUGAGAAAAAGGAGGAAUCCGAACAGAAGAGUGCGGGCCUUCUAAAGGAGGACCACAAUAGUGGCCCAAACUUAGAGACUAACAGUUUGAAUUCUGAUAUCAGCAGCGAAUCUUCAGACAGCUCCGAGGAACUUUCGCCUACGACUAAGUUUACCUCUGAUCCCAUAAGUGAUGUUUUAGGCUUAGCUAGUACAGGAAACUUGAGCUCGUCGGUCACUUCUACUCCCCCUUCUUCUCCUGAGCUGGGAAAGGAACUGUCUUCUCAGCCAUGGAAUUGUCCGCCGGGUGAAAUGCAUUCACCAGGCAAAAUUCGUACUGGUACUGGUGGAAAGACUGCAGAAAAGGGUACUCCGGUCAAUGGCGACGCCUCUCCGGAUGGGAGAAGACGGAUCCACAGGUGUCAAUUCAAUGGGUGCAGGAAGGUUUACACCAAAAGCUCACAUCUUAAAGCACAUCAGCGAACUCAUACAGGAGAAAAGCCUUACAGGUGUUCGUGGGAAGGGUGCGAGUGGCGCUUUGCAAGGAGCGAUGAAUUAACCAGACACUUCAGAAAGCACACGGGUGCCAAGCCUUUUAAAUGUAAUCACUGUGACAGGUGUUUCUCCAGGUCCGAUCACCUGGCCCUUCACAUGAAGAGGCACCUCUGAAUGAGCAAAGAGGUCAAAUCCUGUGGGCUAAGAGGCUUCAAGGUUUGAGCAGCCUUGGAAGAAGGGAUGCGUGCUCCAGCCAAAGCAUGCCAUUUUUGCACCCUAACCCAGUUGCCUCCAGGGCCUCUCUUCCUUGGAAGGUCUUCAGAGGGCUAAAAAAAAAAAGUGAUGUAAGAAACGGCAUAGCGACUGCGCGGUGUGGGUGCGUGAUGUUUAGGUCUCCUGGACUCAUACACUGGUACCCGACCUUCUGAGCGGCUUCUACGCCUUCCGCCGUGAGCACGUGCACUGAGAAUGUUAAUGAUUGGACGGGCUGUAUGUUACUAAGGAUCUACUGGGCGACUGUAUGCUGAGGCACAUUAAGUUUUGUUUUGUUUUUGUUUGUUCCUUGUGGUUGUUUUUUUUUUAUAACCGUAAGAGAGGAAAAGGUCAGCUGAAUGGAGGGGGGGGGACUUUUAUUUUCGUUCGCAUAUGUGAGGAGAAGUAUACGGCAAGUCGUCAGUCAAUUUCCAAGGGGGCGGGGGAGGGAAAGGCGUGUCUGCACCUUUUUUAGAAUAAGGGGAGGGGGAGCUGAAUGGGAGGGGAAGAAAAGUCAGGACACCAGAGUGAAGGGAGGGGCCCCUAUCCUGUGUGAGAGGAGCUUUUGGUGUCUGGUCCAGCUAUUAAAUGUGCAAUGUGUCAAGUAGCUCGGUUUUACUUGCUACAGAGCUCAUUUGUAAUCCAUUGUAUAAGCUGUGUAUUUACAAUAUAACACAACCUAUAACUUUUCAUUAUAAUACAAAAGGUUAUUGCAUGGUUCUGGGGAACUAUAUGCUUUUUCCAUUCUUUAAUCAGGACUGCAAUUUUUUUUUUUUUAGUUUUUUCCCCCCUCCCAAUUCCAGUUAAAAGCUGCUACGAUGCAAUUGGGUUCGUGUUACGUAACAUACAGAAUCUGAUUUUUUUAAAUUUUUUUUACCAAAAAAAAAAGUCCUGUUGGGUGGAUAAGACCACUGUAGGCUAGAAACUGUUUCAUUGUUUGGUCAUUUAUUUUAUUUUUACAAAAGAAAAAAAAAACCAUGCAGCUAUCCCCCCUCCCCAACGCACUCUCUUAUUUAUGCCUUGAGGUCUAAUUUCUGUUUUUUUUUCUAGCUGUUAAUGCACUGUUGACCUUAAUAAUGGUGCCUUAUGCAAAGCGACCUCCUCUUGGGGGGGAGGUCUUAUACAGGGGUAUGGGUGAGGUAGGCUUGAUGAAGGCUCUCUUAUCACCUGACAUUGUACUGUAUCAAAUGUGGAUUACACAGAGGUGGGACGACAGUGUUGCUUCGGUGCAGGGUUUCCACGCGCAGAAGCAUCCUUUGAUACGUCUGUACAAUGUUGAUUCUCUUGUCAAUAUACUAUUUUUUUAAUCUAACGACUACAGGGGGUAACGAGGAAUCCGAGGAUGGAGGUUAUCCGACCAGUUUCCGCCUCCUUGAGAAUCUGUUUCCUUUGAUCCUGUUUUCUUGACCUUGCACAAUCGUCACCUGUAUAUACAUCCCCGCCCCCCUCCCCAGCACCACAAAAAAAAAAAGAAGAAGAACCACCUUGGGUUGCAUCCGAUGGUUUCUUUUCUCCCUCCAGUGAUUCCCCUUCCAUGAAUUCUUUCUCCAUCGCGUGCAGUCUUUCUUUCCGGAAGGGUAGUGACUGAGUUUAGGUUGGGGAAGGGGGGUGGAGAGGACCAUUGGCUUCAGCUUCCUGCGCUUGGAAAUGUGGUUUUGUUUUUCACACCUAUUUAAAAGUGCAGGAAUAUUUAAAAAGGCAAAAAAGAGAGAGAUUUGCUUAAAAGGCACAAGUUUCACAUCUAUCUCGCUUGAGGCAGAAGAAGAUAAAGUACCUUUUUUUUUUUGGUUUGACAAAAAAAAGCAAAAAAAGUUACUAAGCAGGCAGAAAAAAAAUGUGUAUGUAUAUUUGUGUGUGUAUAGUAUGUGUAGCUGUGUGUGUGUGUAAAUAUAUAUAGAGAGAAAUAGAUAAUAUAUUAUUUUUUUAAAGAAAAUGCAUUUUGGUAGAAAACAUCCGGUGGAGAAUCCUCUGCUUCCUUCCAUUUUUUUUGUUCCCAAAGGAGGUAAACGAUUCAAAAGACGCUUUUUGUUUCCUUCAGGUGUUUCCGUUUUUUUGAUUCUUAAGUCUUCUGAAAGGGACCCCAAAUCUGCAUGAGCGUUCUGUGAGGGCACAUGUCUGCAUUGAGAUAUAGCUGGGGAGCUCAAAAGUUCCCCGGUAUCCAAUGGCUUAGUUCAGCUUCUGCUCAUGUGACAUGUUAGGACCCCUACAGGUGAACGGAGGCACAGGAUGAGGCUAUGUGGUGCCAUUGCUAGUCCUCAGCAUUUGAAAUUGUGAUGGCCAUCUUUAAGGGCCAAUGAAAAUGCUCUCUGCUCCCCUGCCUCACCUUCCCAUGGAGGCACAGAUGAGACCUCCGGGGUCUCAUGGUUCCCGUGGCAUUGUGGGGUUUUUUUUUUGGGGGGGGGCAUGUGGAACUUCUCAUGCUUGCUGGCUGCUUCCACUUCUGGUGUUCUAGUGGCUAACCACUGAGAAGGGCAUCAGUUGAAGCCUUCCUCCAAGGGCCAGCUAAAUAUUCUUAGCUCCUCUGGAAACAGUAUUUUCCGGAGCCAUUCAAAGACAGACAUCCUAGCAAAGGCAAAAACCACAUCUCUCAACCCCUUAGCUUAUAAAGAAGGCCCAAAUGGUAAUUUUGUUUAAUUUCUGUAUUCCAUUUUUCAGCCGAUGAUGCUAAGGUUUUUGCAUGUUGUAAAAACCAUGUUUCCUAAAAGCUUGGUAGGGUUUGAAAACUGCUUUCCUUGCAACAAUCACACACACACACAUACAAACCACAGCUGUAGUCCAUUUCUUGUUAUUUGGGGCAGCUUUUUUCUUUUUUUUCCUAGAAAUGAUGAUCAAGAUUACUGGUUCUCUGAAAUGUAUUCAUGUAAAGCUUUAUCUGAUUCUAAAGGAAUACACAAGCAUCUACCCCAUUUUGCUUUGCAUUGGAUUGGUAAAUGCUUGAAUAUGCCCUUCUGGAAGGAAAAAAAGAAAAAGCCCUUGAGAGAGAAUAACACUGUCUCCAAACUGUCUUCAGUCUAGAGAGCUCCAGUGUACACCUGGAGCUUCACGCACAAAGGGGCUUCCUUGUUCUCAUCAUUGACAAAUUCAUUGCAACUGCACUGAGGAACUCCACUGCAUAUGUGGAGCAUCUCUCUCCCCCCACCGCCCAAUUUCAGAGUACGUCGCCCUCUGUGUGGAUCAGAGUUCCAAGAGCAAGGCAAAAUGACUUUUCAUUCUGUUUAGAGAUCUGUUUUGAGGGGAGAUUUUUAACAACUGAGUUGCAAUAUGCUCUGCUUAGCUGUAAUUAGAAAUUGCUGUAAUAACGAUUAAAGUGGUAUUUUCCUUAAAAAAUGCUUUCCCUUAUUAAGUAAAGAAAAAAAACCCCAUAAAAAUCCCCAUUUCCUCCUUGCACUAGCUUUUCUCAACUGCAAAAUACUGAAAUUGUUUUUUUGGAUUGGAUUGGUGUCUGUCUGCCAGAUGUCAAAAUACCUGUCAGUUUUGUGGUAAGCAAGUACAUUUUGUUCAGGUGAUAACUGAGCCUCAAUUAAGCUGAAAGAAAAAAAAAACUUUUUUUGCUUGAAAUUUCAGAAGAAAAUUUCUAUUCGUGAAAUUUCUUUUUUUUGUUUGUUUGUUUGUUUUUUGUUUUGUUUUUGGAAGCACCCUGUUAUCUAAAGAAUCUCUUUGUAAGAUUUUUGUAAAAAAAAAUUUGUUUUACAAGAUUUUAUUUGAAAUUGUUUUUUGCAAGAUUGUUAUAUUUCUGUAUGAAUGUAUUUUUUAUUGGAAUAACAUAAAAAAAAUUCUUAUCAGCA